UGGGGUUUUCGAUUGGAACUCGCUUUUUUUCUGGUCCACGAUAAGCAUCACCGAAUGCUCUUGGAGUUGUAGGAGGUCACCAGGCCUGAGAACACAACUUCGACUUCGAGCAGACAACAGCACUACUGCAGCCAAGAUGCGUGCCCUAACGGACCAAGAAAUGAAGACGGUGCUGGACAAGCUCGCCAACUACAUGUCCGACCUCAAGAGCCUGAUCGCGCCCCUCGAAGACGGUGACCGCUACGUAUUCCGACUGAACCACUCCCGCGUCUACUACGUCAAGCUCUCCAUCGCCAACCUCGCGACCAGCGUCAGCCGCGACGCGCUGCUCAGCCUGGGCACCUGCCUCGGCAAGAUGACCAAGUCGGGCAAGUUCCGCCUGCACAUCACCGCCCUGCCCAUCAUCGCCGCCGGCGCCCGCCACAAGAUCUGGGUCAAGGACAACGGCGCGCAGCCGUUUCUCUACGGGUCCAAUGUGGUCAAGGCGCACGUUGGCCGGUGGAGCGAGGACUGCCCGGAGCAUUCGGGCUGCGUGAUCUACAACAUGGCGGAUAUCCCGCUUGGGUUUGGGGUGACUGCGAGGAGUACGGCCGAGGCGCGGCGGCUGGAUCCUACGGGCAUCGUGUGCUUCCGGCAAGCAGACUGCGGCGAAUACCUCCGUGACGAAGAUACUCUCUUUGCGGGUUAACGAGGGAGGUUUAAGGGGUAGUGAUAUGGUUAGGCAAAAGCACGGAUGGCGUCAGGCGUUCGAGAGGACCUUAGAUACCUCAUGCAAGGGGGGAAACUGAUUUAAGUAAAAGCAACUU